AUGUAUAGACUAACCUUGAACUGUCUUGCCUUGAAUGUUCUCCUCUUAAUCUCCUUAUUCACUACGAGCUUCAGGACUUGUGACGCUAGGCACAGUGUAUAUUGGAGAGGAAACCGCAGGUCUAUCGCUGAAGGUGGAGGUUCUGGAAACCACAAUGUCCUUGACUUUGGCGCAAAAGGUGACGGGACAAGUGAUGACACAAAGGCUUUUGAAGAUGCUUGGAAGGAAGCUUGUAAGGUGGCAGCAUCAACAUUAUUAGUGCCAUCUGGUUCAACGUUCCUUGUUGGACCUAUUUCCUUCCUGGGAAAAGAAUGUAAAGAGAACAUCGUAUUUCAGUUAGAAGGAAAGAUCAUAGCUCCAACGAGUUCAAGUACCUGGGGAUCAGGUCUCUUGCAAUGGAUAGAAUUCAAAUCACUUAAAGGAAUCACUAUAAAAGGAAAAGGGGUAAUAGAUGGACGAGGAUCAGUAUGGUGGAACGACAUGGGUACGAAAAUGCCACAAACUAAACCAACAGCUUUGAGGUUCUAUGGGAGUAACGGUGUAACGGUCAAUGGAAUAACCAUACAGAACAGCCCUCAAACCCACCUCAAGUUUGAUAACUGCAUAAGCAUUCAAGUGUUUGAUUUCACAACUUCAUCCCCUGGAGAUUCCCCAAACACAGAUGGAAUCCACCUGCAAAACUCUCAAGAUGCGAUGAUUUACCGCAGCACACUGGCUUGUGGAGAUGACUGUAUAUCAAUUCAAACUGGAUGCUUGGAUAUCUACAUACACGAUGUAGACUGUGGGCCUGGCCAUGGAAUUAGCAUUGGAGGACUAGGAAAGGAGAAAACAAAGGCAUGUGUUUCAAACAUCACGGUUCGUGAUGUCACGAUGCAUGAAACUACAAAUGGUGUUCGAAUAAAAUCUUGGCAGGGAGGGUCAGGGUCUGUAAAACAAGUUACGUUUUCAAAUAUUCAAGUCAGCGAAGUAGCCAAUCCGAUAAUAAUUGAUCAAUAUUACUGCGAUGGUGGUGGAUGCAACAAUGAAACUUCAGCAGUCGCUGUAUCAAACAUAAACUACAUAAACAUAAAAGGUACCUACACAAGGGAACCAGUACGUUUUGCCUGCAGUGAUAGCUUGCCAUGCACAGGAAUCUCAUUGUCGACCAUAGAGCUUAAGCCGGCCACAGGAAAAGCAAGCUUACGUGAACCUUUCUGCUGGGAAGCACACGGUGAACUAAAAACUGAGACUCUUCCACCAAUAAAAUGUUUGAAAACAGAAAAGUCACCAGGAGCUGCAAGUCAGUCUAACAAUGAUGCUUGCUGA